AUGGUGGCAUGCAUCCUGUCCCUUGCAGGAACCUGUCUAUUUUUUUUCGGCUAUGAUGCUGCCGUGAUGAGUCUUGUGAACAUCAACCCAGACUAUCUGGAGCACAUGGAUUCCGCUGGUGGAACGAAUAGGGACGCCGCGCGAGUGGGCGGCAUCGUGAGCUUUUGGUUUCUGGGCUUUCUCAUAGGUGCUCUCAUGGCCGGCAGUUAUGCUGACCAAAUCGGACGGCUCAAAUCUAUUCAACUCGGAUGCGUCUGGGGAAUUUUGGGAGCCUGUCUUUUGACUUCGGCCCAGAAUUUCUCCUGGAUGGUCUGUGCACGUAUAAUCAGCGGUAUAGGUUGCGGCCACCUCAACACCAUAGCACCAAUUUGGACGUCAGAAAUCGCCGACUACAAUCUUCGCGGCGCGUAUGUUUCCGUGCAGUUCACCAUGUGUGUGGCUGGGGCAACCAUGACUUACUGGAUGGAGUAUGCUUGUCUCAAGACUCGAUCUCCACAAUUUGCCUGGCGCUUUCCACAGGCUUUCCAGAUGGUAUUUCUACUUUUCAUCAUUGUUGCCGCCAACUUUUUCCCCGAGACACCCCGUCACUUAGCCAAAACGGGCCGACUAGAAGAGGCUAGAGAGAUCCUCGGUCGUUGUCGACUUCGGCCUUCGGAUCAGGCGAUUGAGCAAGAGUUAGCUGAAAUCCAGGAGGCUAUUCGUAUCGAGGCGAAAUCCUCGGCUCAUGGUUUUAUUUCCAUGUUAUGGAAGAAGGAUGCUCUACAUACCCGCCGUCGCGUCGGCCUUGCGAUCGGUAUCCAGGCCAUGGAGAAACUAUGUGGUCCUGAUGCUAUCGCCGCCUAUGGGCCAAUCAUCUUCGGUCUCAGUGGAUUCACUGGCAAUUUGCCCGCAAUGCUGGCUGGUUUCAACUUUAUAUCCUAUACAUGCAGUGUACCAAUCGGCAUGUACUUCGUGGAGCGGGCUGGGAGAAGAAAGCUAAUGUUGGCCGGUUUAUUGGUCAUGGGUACCUCUUUACUUAUCGCAGGACCUCUGGCAAGGGUAGCCAUCAAUACGCCGGAGACUCAACUGACCAAGAAGAAAGCAUAUGGUGCUGCGGUAGUGGUCUUUGUCUUCUUAUACACCUGCGGCUUCGGCAGUACGUGGAUCACAUGCUGCUGGGUUUAUCCUACAGAGGUCUUCCCCCUCGCAACACGAGCAAAAGGGGUUUCUUUGUCGAUGGUGUCGUUUGCCUUUUGGGGCGCAGUCAUCAAUGAGGUUAUCCCGUACGUCAUUAGUGCCGUGGGAUGGUGGGUUUUCAUCAUGUUUGCGGUCAUGAACUUCCUGCAAAUCAUCCCUGUGUGGCUGUUUUAUGUCGAGACAGCCAAGCGGCACUUGGAGGAGCUUGAUAUUCUAUUUGCGAGUGACAGCCGUCUGGCAUACAAGAUGGAACGCGAGUUCAGUGAGAAGAAACGCGCUCUUGGUUUUCAUACAGAUGUAUCGGAGCUCACGCACACCAUUUGA